AUGUCGUCCCCUUCGCCCUCUUUGCGGAAAAGAGCCGGAAAGAAGGAGGCUUACACCGCAUUGCCCACUGAUGAUGGCUCUUUUAUUCCCGUCGCGCCGGCUAAGAAGUCGGAAUGGGACUAUUGGCUGGCCAUAGUCAUCCUGACAGUUCUGGCUUUCGCGACGCGAUUCUAUCGCAUUGACUACCCCAACGAGGUUGUUUUUGACGAAGUCCACUUUGGAAAGUUCGCUUCCUACUACCUCCAACGUACCUAUUUCUUCGACGUGCACCCUCCCUUUGGAAAGCUGCUGUUUGCUCUCGUGGGCUGGCUGAUUGGCUUCGAUGGAAGCUUCCUUUUUGAGAACAUUGGCGAUUCCUACAUCGAGAACAAUGUGCCAUACCUGGCUCUGCGUGCGCUCCCGGCUACAUUGGGUACCCUGACCAUUCCCGUUGUUUUCCUCAUCAUGUGGGAGUCUGGCUACUCUUUGCCUGCUUGUGUCCUUUCGGCUGGUCUGAUGGUCUUCGAUAACGCUCACGUGGGCGAGGACCGACUGAUCCUCUUGGAUGCCACUCUCGUGCUUUCCAUGGCGCUCAGCGUUCUGUGCUACGUUCGGUUCUACAAGCUGCGCCACGAGCCCUUUGGCCGGAAGUGGUGGAAGUGGCUUCUCUUGACUGGCUUCUGUCUGAGCUGUGUUCUCUCCACCAAAUACGUCGGUGUCUUCACCUUCGUCACCAUUGGUGCUGCCGUGAUGAUUGACCUGUGGAACCUGCUUGAUAUCAAGCGCGAGCAGGGACCUCUCAGCAUGAUCAGCUGGGGCAAGCACUUCGUUGCGCGCGCUGUUGGUCUUGUCGUUAUUCCCUUCCUUUUCUACCUGUUCUGGUUCCAGGUUCACUUUGCUAUUCUUACUCGGUCUGGCCCUGGUGACGACUUCAUGACUCCUGAAUUCCAGGAGACUCUGAGUGACAACCAGAUGAGCGCCCAGUCCGUUGGUAUCCAGUACUUCGACACCAUCACUAUGCGCCACAAGGACACCAAGGUUUUCUUGCACAGCCACUGGGACAAGUACCCUCUGCGUUAUGAUGAUGGCCGUAUUUCCAGCCAGGGUCAGCAGGUCACCGGUUACCCCCACAAUGAUACCAACAACCAGUGGCAGAUUGUGCCCGGUGUGCCUCUCGCUGACCCCUCCGUGCCCCAGAGUGUGCGCAAUGGCGAUGUCAUCCAGCUCCGUCACCUUGGUACCGACAGCUAUCUCUUGACUCACGAUGUUGCCUCUCCCUUCUUCCCAACUAACCAGGAGUUCACCACCGUGUCUCAAGAGCUGGCUGAUGGCGAGCGUCACAACGACACCCUGUUCGAACUCAAGAUCGAGUCCGGCAAGGCCAACCAAGAAUUCCGAACUCUUGCCAGUCUCUUCAAGUUGGUCCACGUUCCCACCCGGGUGGCUCUGUGGACACACACCACUCCUCUCCCCGAGUGGGGCUACAAGCAGGCUGAGAUCAACGGCAACAAGAACAUUCUCCAGUCCAGCAAUGCUUGGUAUGUCGAGAACAUCGAGAACUUGCCCGAGGACAGUCCUCGUCUGGUUAAGGAAGAGCGCAAGGUCAAGACACUGCCUUUCCUCCGCAAGUACUUCGAGCUGCAAGGCGCCAUGUUCCACCACAACAAUGCUCUGACCAGCAGCCACCCCUACGCCACCGAGCCCUUCCAGUGGCCAUUCCUGCUCCGCGGUGUGAGCUUCUGGACCAAGAACGACACCCGCGAGCAGAUCUACUUCCUCGGUAACCCCAUUGGAUGGUGGAUUGCCAGCAGUAUCCUUGCCGUGUUCGCCGGCAUCGUUGGCGCCGACCAGCUCUCCCUCCGUCGUGGCGUCGAUGCAUUGGAAGAAAUCUGGGGCCCCGGCACCCGCUCGCGUCUGUACAACAGUACCGGAUUCCUCUUCCUGUGCUGGGCCGCCCACUUCUUCCCCUUCUGGCUCAUGGGCCGCCAGCGUUUCCUGCACCACUACCUGCCCUCCCACCUCGCCUCCACCAUGGUUUGCGGUGCUCUGAUUGAAUUCAUUUUCAACCUGCAGCCCCUCGACCCCCGCACUGCCCUCCCGCCCACCGACGACCCCACCGGCAAGUCCAAGGUCUCCCACAGCCGUCUGGGCCGCUUCGUCACUGCCCGCGAGCGCAUGGGCUGCAAGUCUCUCAUUGCCGGCUGGAUCGCCACGUUGGUAAUCCUCGGCGCCACCAUCUGGGGCUUUGUCUUCUAUGCGCCCCUGACUUACGGUACCCCUGGUCUGGACGUGGCGGGCGUGACGGCCCGCAAGUGGCUGAACUACGAUCUGCACUUUGCCAAAUAA